CGACGACAUGGACGUCCGUUUCGUCGUGUUUCUCGGCCUGCUAUUCUCCACCUGUGCCGAGCCCGAGUCAGGCACAUGGGUAUGGAAGCGGCUCUGGCAACCUCACCUCGACGGCAUCUGCAGCGCCCUGUGCCCGCAGCAAGUCGAGACCACCCCCUGCCCUACGGAACCCCCCGAACCAACCCCGCCGAUCCCUCCCGAACCUACCGACUACUGCCGACAAAACCCGAAGACGCUUGCCUGCCAGCUCGUCGCGAGAGAUCCCGAACGCGCCGUCCGAUUCUACAACGAUAACCAGUGGGCCUUCCUCCGAGAGGGAACCCGCCAGAAGGAGGACAAGCCUACCGACCAAGACGUCGUGAUCUCCUCCGAAGAACAAGAGGAACAACAACAAGUCCGGGACGAGGAAGAUAGGGCUGGCGCAAGGAAAAAGAUCAGGGAAUGGAAACAGGUGUGGGGAAGUGAUCAGGAUAGUGAGGGGAGUGACGGGGAGAUGACGUACGGACAGCGACGAUAUUCCAGCUGGUCUUCGUCCCGAUCAAUCGUCACAGCUCGUCCGGAUGCCAUCGUUGGCGAAAGUACGGUGAUUCGUGGACAGUUCCGCCCGGUAACCGUGAAGAUGAACAUGAACGUGCGGAGGCGGGGCCAGGUGGUGCGGUCGUUCCGGACCCACCGGCGGGAAGGGGAGUCCCAGCAGGGCGGGGAGGUCCAGCGGACCGGCGGCGGUGACACAGGAGUCUGGCGGCGCCGGGAGGUACGGCGGAGGCAGACCCGACAGGCCCCGCCGGUCCUGGCACGGGCCUGCCGGAGCCACGGGAAGAUGGUCACACCGCGCAGGGUCAGGGUCGAGGGGACGUGGCAGGACUUUGAACUCUACAGUUUCCAGGUCGGUCGUAGCGUGUUCCAGCGGUUCUACGGUGUGUCGUGUGUAGACAGGAAGCCCGUGACCAACUGUGACUGCGGAGGGAUCUGUAAGGACAAAUUCUCACAGUUCGUCGCGUUGGAGAUCUACAAGGACGACAACGACGACUUUCAAGUGCGCCCUCGACUGGUGGAGGUACCGACUUGCUGUGAGCUUGUCAUCCCCACGAGCUAGCUGUACCUACGUCACGACGUCAUUCCAGGAAAUAUCAUAAUAUCAUAAGUACAAAAAUAUAAAACCACGAAAGAAUUUAGCCAUACAGUAGGGGUUACAUUUAAUAGUAGACCACGGUCAUCAUCACAUGGAUUUACAAAAAGAAAAUCUAUUCAACAUAUCUUUUUAAAAAGCCGGUUAUCAAAUUUUGGUAAUUUAUCAAAUUUCCCGAAAUCAACAAUAAACUAAAAUUUGAAGAAAAAAAUCGAUAUCUACCAUAUGCAGACAACAUACCAAACUAUAUAUGCCACAACCAACUACAAUACCUUCCUCAGGAGGUUCUUCUAUUUUCCGGAGGUAAAAAGUGAAGAACACGCGUCUACACGAUUUAUUCUUACGUGUCGGAACAACUGAUAUAAACAGGCCGAUGAAAAUGGACAUAUAUUGACUAGCCAUACAUUCAGAACC